AUGAGGGUGGAGGGGGAGAGGAGGUACGCGCUCCUAUUGGCCGCCAAGGACUCGGAUUACGUUAGGAAGGCGUACGGUGGCUACUUCAACGUCUUCGUUGAGGCCUUCGGAGAGGAAGGGGACCGGUGGGACCUGUUCCGGGUGGUCGACGGCGAGUUCCCCGACGCCAGCGAGCUCCGCAAGUACCACGGCUUCGUGGUCAGCGGCAGCCCCCACGACGCCUACGGCGACGACCUGUGGAUCCUCCGCCUGUGCUUCCUCCUGCAGACCCUCCACGCAAUGCGCAAGAGGGUCCUCGGGAUCUGCUUCGGCCACCAGGUACACGCCUCCUUGUCUGAGCCAUGGGAGGGGAGGGGAUCGUCUCUGAGCUCUCUCGCUUCCUUCCUUUCUCCAGCGACUUGUGCUGACGGCGAUGGGGGUGCCUGCGGCUUGCUAGGUUUUGUGCAGGGCACUGGGGGGCAGGGUCGGGAAAGCCAACCGCGGGUGGAACAUUGGGAUCAGGAAGGUGAAUAUGGUGGAGGAGAGAAAUCUAGCCAGGUUCUUCGGCGGUGGCCUCCGGGAGACCCCCACCUCUCCGUCUAUCAUCAAGAUCCACAGGGAUGAGGUCGUAGCCCCGAAAAUUUUCAUAUUUCUCGGUCUCUAAGCUUCGAAUCUAUGUACCCCCGGUUCUCGGCAAAUGCUCGGAUGGGAUUAUUUCUGUCUUCUCGUCCACCCUAGAUUAGCUUAUCGACUGAUUGCCAACCAGAGAAGCGCGUGAUUCCCCAUGGCCGCCUCCGCAGACGAGCUUAAUUAACCCAGAUCUUCACUGCUGGCAGGUGUGGGAGAUACCCAGCGAUGCUGAGGUGAUCGCCUCGUCUGAUCAGACCACGGUGGAGGCCUUCUGUGUGGGAGAUCAUCUGCUGGGCAUCCAGGGCCACCCGGAAUACACCAAGGACAUACUGUGCAGCCUCGUUGAUCGGCUUGCCAGCCAAAACUUCAUAGAGGUUAGGACAGACAGUACCCCCCCUCCUGAUCCAUCUCCUUCCACCAUUCUUCCUUCUCACAAGGAUUUGAUGUGUCUGCAGAGCGAGUUUGCAGAGGGUGUGAAGGCGAGCAUCGAGGCCACCGAGCCCGACAGACGAUUCUGGCAGAGCGCUUGCAGGAGCUUUCUCAAGGGGAGAUAG